UGGCCUGACGGUCUUUUGAUAGGAAGCCAACAUGGCGUAUGUUUUGGGUCUUUUAAUGACUUUUGACAGGAAACAGUGUCCGUGCAAUAGAUAAUAUUGCUACUUUGCUAAGCUGAGAAUUUUUCAACUAUGGAUGAGAAUUCUGAUAACAACCAUAAUGGAAAUGGGAAUACUAAGGAUAAAUGGAAUCUAAAACGGGGAAAACCACCGGAUAAACGUCGAUAUAAUGUGGAAAUAGACUAUUACACUAAUUUGAUUGAAGAGAAGGAGAAGUUAUUGUCAUUCGAUGUUUCAAAGACAACAAAGUUAACACCCUCUUUGAAUGCCAACCGCGAAGAGCUUCUGGGUAAAAUUCAACUCCUGAAAACUAAAAAAGAUGAAAAGAUGAAGCAAAAGCAAGCCAUUGAUGCUGAAAUAAAAGUUGUUAAUGAAAAAGUCAGGAAAAAGAAUGAAGCUUGUAUGAAACUUCAAGCCAAUAUCAAGCACAAAGAUGACCAACGAUUAAACAAUGCAAUCAAGCAUUUGGAAACACAUUUAAGCACAAAACAACUAAAACUUAGUGAAGAGAAGAAGUUAGUAAGCGAAAUAGAUGCACUGAAGAGAUCAAAGAAAACACUAAGUGAAUAUUUAAAUGUAAAGCAAGAAGUCGACCAAUUACGUCAACAACAAGUGAAAUUCAGAAGUGAAAGAGACGAUUUGAUCCGACAAAUGCGAGAUAUCAGAGCAAAGGAGAAUGAUAUAAAAGUGUCACUUGAUUCAAUAAAAGAAGAAAAGAAAGAGUCAGAAGAAGAACAUCUGACAGAAAGUCUUGAUAGAGACGCAUUAAAGAAAGAAAUUGAUAGUUUGUACGAGAAGAGAAGAGAACUUCAAGAAAGUUUUCAGAAAGCUUUGGCUUCGUAUCAUGAAGAACAGAAACAAACUGAAGCAAUGGUUGAAAAAGUUCGAGCAGAGAAAAAGCGCGAUGAACAACGCUUAGCAAAACUUUACAAAAAACGACAAGGGAAAAAGUGGAAUUUUCCAAGCUAUGAAGAGGAAAGGAACGUCUGUGUUUGCUUGAUCCAAUAUUUGCAAUCUUUCAAUUCACAGUACACAGCAUCAAAAUAUGAAGAUGUACCUGAAGAAGAACCAUAUAAUGUAAAUCCUGAUGAUAAUCUUGGUGGAUUGUUUGUGCAAUCUAACCGUAGUAUGAAAAGGAAAAGCAUUAGAAAAGGUCGAAAGACGAAGGACGUUUCAGCUCAGAAACUUGUUCUGCAUCCCGAUGUAUUCCAGAAAUUUGAAAAGCUUUCCCUAGAUCCACCGUUAUAUUAUGCUGAUAUCAACGUUAUUCUGGAGAAACUGAAACAUAAAAAGGAAUUCUACCAGAGAGAAUCCGAGAAGAUGUAUGAGAGAGCUGUGAAGAAUGACAUACGUCCAAAUGAAGACUAUGUUUCUCAAAGUGAACAUCGUUUUCAAGAAAACGAGAAUAAUGAUGUUUUUCAUGGUGCUGAGCUCUUUGUGAAAGUCGAACGUGAAGGUAAUGUAUUGAAUAACCAAAAUAAGAUACUUGAGACAGUUUCACCAACUGAACAGACAAAUGAAUAUGUGAAAGACGACAGUGAACAAUUUCAACUCAAGCAUUCACACGAUGACAAAGAUUUUCGUCAUAAGUAUGAAGUAAAUGAAAAACAAGAUGACGCUAAACACAUAGAAAGCUGGCGAACAAAUGAUUGUUUGGAACAAAAAGUACAAAAUAGACAUGAAAUGAACGAUAAAAUCACCACCAAUAAAGAUACCAUCAACAGUUCUUCUUGUUUAAACUACAGCGCAGUUAUAGCUUUGGACAAGAACGAGAACAUAAAUUUUCAAGAAAUUGAAGUCCGUGUUUCUUGAUGAAUUUUUACUUUUUAGCGUACAUAUGUACCAGCGUUGCAUGCUUCGACAUUAGUUAGACCUUCGUACAUUUUUUUGUGUAGUUUUUGUAUUGUUAGUGGCUGGAUCCAAUGAAUUAAACUUGUGCUGUGCACAAUAAAGAAAA